CAACAGUAAUAUCAUCGUACCUUUGUGUUUUUGCAUAUACCGAAAUUAAUUUUUUUAACACCACGUCGGUGUCAAAUAAAAUAUAAUAUUAGAACGUGAAAUAUUACCACAUUCAGUGUGCCGACGGAGACGAGUCAUGGCGCACGCGGUCGACAAUUUUUUCCAAAAGACCGGCCGGAGUGACGUCCGUCGUUAUGCCACAAUAAUGACGUGUGUGGAAUUUUUUACCUACUGCGAUUUAGUCGUAACUCUGUUCUUCGCCAUCUCUGCGUUCCUGUCGAUCGUCUACUCGGAGGAAGACCAGCUGUCCAAUCGCGUUUACGGCUUCUUGUGGUUGUUCGUCGAGAUCCACGUGUUCGGUCUAAUCGUCGUCAGGUUGUACCAUCAGUCGCAGUGUCGCGACAUGUACGACCGUUCGCUGCUGAUUGAGCAGGGGAUACCGAAAAACUAUAGACGGACAAUCGCCAUGGUCAUCGCAUAUUACUGCAUCAUGUCCACCGUGCACGUUACAGUUCCCAUGUUGUACACGAUUUCGUCCGAUUCGGCGCAGGUGGGCGACCCAUUCGCGUUCCCUUUCGCGGACGUGUUGCCGAUAAAAACGACAAACCCGACUGCUUACGUGUGCAAAUAUAUCGUAUACGCUUUUCCCGUGUACCUGACACACUUGGAAUGCUGUUUCAUGAAUGUCACGUUCAUGUAUUUCACGGGCGUCGUGAAGAGACAUUUUCAGAUACUCGACCAACAGGUCCAAGAAGCGGUGGCAAACGAGGACGAACAGAAAUUGAAGAUCGCCAUCGAAUACCAUCAGGAGUCGUUGAAGUUUUUUAAAGAAAUGGAGACAGUUUAUGAAAAACCGUUAAUAAUGACAAUAGAAUUUUGUGGAUUAUAUAUCGGCUUAACUGGUUAUAUCAUGAUUCAAUGCAUUCAGGGUAUUAUUCAUCCUAUUAUAUUGGGAUUGUGUAUAGCUAGUAGUACGGCGAGUCUCAUAACAAUAUCAAUUUAUUGCAUUUGUGGAAGCAAUAUGUAUGAUUUACACGAUGGUAUAUUGAACUCACUUUUUGAACAUCAAUCAUGUUAUUCUCGAAACAAAUCAUUAAAACAUCUUAUUUUAAUGAUGAUGAAAAGAGCAACAAUACCAUUAGAAUUAAAAGCUGGUUCCAUUUUCAAGAUAAACUCAAAUCUACUUGUCAAAAUCCUAAAGUUUACAUACACGGUGUUUAAUCUUUUAUUAACUUCAGUCAAUCGCCAAAUAAAAGAAACUGCAAUAUGAAAACAAUUUUUUUCUUUUUAAAUUACUACUAAAUAUUAGGUAUGGUAAAAAUCUUUUUCAUGAUUAAUUCUAAAAUUUUGUUUUUAAAUCAAAUUGUAUUUGUCUAUUAAAUAAAAAUAGUUGUUAGUAAUUUUAUUAUUUCAGAUCUUAAAAUGUCUCACACAUGUCGUGUUGACACCGUACUACCAUCAUUUUUCAAUAAAAUAUCACCACUCAUCACGCAAAUGUAGUGUUUGGACCUUUUUUUUUAGGGUAAAUUACUAAAUUAUAAAUAUGGUCGCCUAUAUUUUGAGUGACUUCCUAUAUAUUUAAUAUUAUAUUCUUCCUAGUUUAAGCUUAGAUAAUUAUAGGUACACUUCAGUGAUAGUUAUAACUUCAGAUCAGGAUACAAUUUUAAAUCAAUUAAAAUUAUAUAAAAGAC